CCGGUCGUGUUGGUUGAAUCGUCUGUGCACAGAAGAGCGCGGCAGUGUCGCCGUAAGAAAGUACAAGCGUCCGCUGAAUUACAAGUUUCCUGCACCGUAGCUCCGGUUCUCGGGAGAUUGAUGUGCCCUUGCGCGCGCGUUUGGGACUCCGGAUUGCGGUUCGUGAUUGAUGGUGUGGUCGUCUAGUGAGUUCCGAGUUUUGCUUGUUUGUUGUGCGUGCGAUCUUGACAAGCGAGCGAUUAUGGGUCUUUGCGAAGUUUUCGAGUGAAACGUGCCGGAAGUGAAUUUCCCCGAGUUGGGUAGGAAGAGCGUGUGUUUCCUUCUUCACGUCUCGUAAAAGAGGUUAGGUCAAUAUUUGCGUUGACCGGGCAGGAAAGCUUGGAUCGGAAAAACAAUGCUAGCCUGUUGACCUGAUUGCAGGAUCAAGUAGUACUGCUGGCGGGGGCCCGAAAAGUUAUUGCAGGGACGUGCGAACGUGCUAGAGAUUCUAGUGUUCUCUCAGUAGUGCAGUCGCAUGUUAUUUGUGACAAAAAGUGUGCGAAAUAAUAGAAUAAAAUUAAAGUUCGGUUGAUUACAUCGGUUGAAUUUAAUAUUUGCCUAUAGAAAGAAAAAAAAAAUGCAAAUGCGUUACGCACCCACAUAAUAAAAAUCAGCGAUGUGACAAAAAACGAAUGGUUGAAAGUGGAUUUAUUGCAGAAUAAAUAAUAAAGUAAGUGCUGCUGGAUGAUUAACGACGCAAGCGUGUGGAUAAACUCUGAGGCGAAGUGGUACUGCUGCUGGUGGGCAGGGAAAGCCGACGCGUGUGUGUGAAGACAAACGGAAUGAUAAAUUGGUUGUUAAUUAAACGGCACAUUGUGAUGAAAACGUAGUUUAAUAGUGUUUUCCUUUGUUGAAUCAGCACUGGUUGAAAUAUUUGGACGACCGAGCAGCAAAAAAACGGCUCCAACAGUAACUGCAUCAAUUGGGCGCUUCAAUUUUCUGAACAGUUGACUGACGCGGUAGCGGUGUGCGAGGAAGGAUCGAGAGACGGUAGGAAUUCGCCUCCAUACAAACUUCAUUAUUGCGUAUUGCGUCGGAAUAAUUGGAAUUCAUUCGUGUUGCAUUGUCCUGGCGAUUUAAGUGUUUAUUCAGCUUCCUGACGCUCGGAUCGGUUUCGGGCCACUCCGGGUGGAUAGCCCCAGCAGCAUUACGUCACGUCGCGUCAACUCGCUGUCAGCUAAACGGGCCGUGAAGCGUGUCGCUUAAGCUCAACUGGGCCAUAAUAUUAAGAACGGGUUCGGAUUUGCCGAGAGAAGAAACUGAAAUAAAAUAAAUGUAAAAACGAAGUGCCAUUCAGAGGAGCAUAAUUUAAAAAAAAAUGCAUAUGACUCUUGGAUAGGGCGUGCAGUGUGAACGAUGUCAUAAAGUUGAGCCUCCGUCUCAUUCUCCGGUUGUUGUUGUUGAUGUACGAGAGGGCCACGAAAAGUGUGCCGUAUGUGUGCAACUGUCAGUCAGCAAGCGGUACGAUAGGUCUAAUAGUGACGACGGGGGUAUAAAAACAAACCGAAAAAAUCGUCCCGGUCGUAUGCAAGCCAGCCGAGCUCCGGAUGCGGGAGUGCGGUUUGAGGAGCAAGCAAACAUAAACAUACUCUUUUGUAUUGUGUACACACAAAAACGGUAGAAGGAUCAACCGUCUUUGCAUGCCGAAGAUUUGUUUACUUAACGUCGAUGGAACGCUCAGCAGGCGGGGAUCUUUUCUGAAAUCAAGAAUCCAUUAAAGAGUAGUUUCCGUUCUCUACCGUGGUGAACAGCCGGGGUUCUUCUGCCCUGUCCGCAAAGUGUACUCCAGAAGGGGUAAUUAAAAAUUAAUGUGAAAACGACUCAAUCUGAAUGGUUUCGGCUAAUUCAUAAUGGGAAAAAGUGUAAAGUGAGUGUGAACAGGCAAUCAAAAGUGUGUGAAACGUGAGAAAAUUUCCAGAUCGGACGAAUCGAGCACAGCGGCAACGGCAACGGCAACGGCAACGGCAACGGCAACGAUGAAGUGGCACUCGGCGAUGCUUGGCGCCAUGUUUCAGCGGCGAAACGGCAACAGUUGCUGGUGGUGCAGCGGAAGCGGUAUUUUUCGACAUUUCGUCAGCAUUGCCAUCCUGCUGCAAAUCAUUGCUAAUUGCGACUACAGUGCGGGAGCGAUGCGAAAGGUCGAACUAGUGGUGGACCCACCGGCCGUGAGACGCAGCCAGCACGCGACCCUUCGAUGUUUGUAUGAUUUGAACGAUUCCCCACUAUACUCGGUCAAGUACUACCGGGGCCAGCGGGAGUUCUAUCGAUUUUCACCCAGCGAGUAUCCGGAGAAGAAGACGUUUCCUUUUCCGGGCAUCAAUGUGGAUCUCUCGCUGUCCAACGCCAGCCAGGUAGUGAUCCGAAACGUUGGAUUUGGACUGUCUGGUAACUUUUCCUGCGAGGUGACCGCCGAUGCGCCCCUGUUCUCGACUGCAACCGGACAUAUUCACAUGCAAGUAGUCGAGCUUCCCGACAGUGGUCCCACCCUGUGGACGGAACACAACCGGUAUGAGGCAGGCGACGUGCUGAGGGCCAACUGUAGUUCACCCCCGUCUCGACCGAAAGCGGUCUUGAAAUUGACGCUGAAUAAUAUCGUGAUUUUCACCCCGGAACAGACGGUGCGAACCACGACGGACAAUCUGAUGACCACAGCCGCUUCGCUGAGGCUUCAUCUGCAGAGUUCGCACUUCAACGGCGUCCAGAUGGCGGGAGGUGGUGGCAACGGAGCGCUCAUUCUCAGAUGUACCGCCACCAUCGGAAAGCUGUACGAGCGAUAUGCGGAGCUUGAGCUGGGUGUACCGCAGCGGGAUCCGGUUCCGGCUAGAGUCACCCUAACCGGAUCAGGUGGCAGUUCUGGCAUCCCAUCGAAUCUGAUGCUUCUGUGGGCUUUCUUGCUGACCAUAGCGCCUCUUCUACGGAGCCAACCCCUCAUCGCCUCAUCACUGGAACGAAGAUAGUCAGCUUAAACUGUCCGGCAACACUUUCUACUCGAAAAUAACCGUAACGAUACGAUAAUUGAAAAAUACUUCCUAAACGUAGCUAACACACACCUCUCCUAGCUCCCGUGAGAGCUGUUGUUGAACAUGACUACGAAUUGAGUGUGACCCGGAGGGACACUCCCGCGUGUGGUUCAUGUUUCUUAUCCGAGUUCCCGUUUCUAACUUCUACACAUUCGUGGUCGUGGCCCUUUCCGGUGUGAAAAGGGUUUCCCAUGAUGAACACCCGGUCUGUAUAGUGGUUGUUUUAUAUAUAAUUAGAACACAUGUAUUUAGUAAGGACAAGGCAUGCCAUACUCUUCCGAAGCGAGAGGGGUGGAAAAUUUGAAAAUAGAACGAGUAAAGGAGAUUUAAUUCACUCUAGUUUCACUGCUGUACAUUCUCUUGAAUUAAAAAAAAAAAGCAAAAAACAAAAUGUGUGCAGAAUGUCGGAAUUAGGAUACCGUUGCUUGAACAGUACCGCGCCACAUUCAUGGCUUGUUUCGAACAUUUACACCGUCAUAAUGACGACCGUGUUAUUAAGUGCGCUAUAGACGGACAGAGACGGCAAGUGGGGUAGCAGCAGUCGGUAGUGGAAUGCUUGAUAGUGCAAAGGACUUGCUAAAAUUAAAUUUAACUUUAACGACAGCGAAAUAUGUGUGAUAGACAGAGGAGGUGGCGCGCGAAUAGCAGUCGGAAGUCGGAACACUGGAAAGAAUUUCUUUCCGCUUGUAGGGUGAAAAGAGACAGGAAAAUGUGUUGCUGUGUGAAUGUGCCAUAGAUGUGAAUGUUUAACGGCACCCGAGAAGCUGAAAAUAUAGCAAAUGAAUAUAUUAUUACUGAUACUAAACGUUAAUCUAAAUGUUGAAUAUCUAACUUAAGAACAUGUACUUUACAUGACAUGAGACGGUAAAAGGCAGCAACCUCAUCGGUAUGAAAGCACGCUGCAUUUUUUUGUCUACAUUCAGGCGGUAUCAUGAAUGCGCGCAGCAUUAAGGGCUAUUCCCACUGCUUCCGUUCCGGGACCGGGCCGGAACCGGGCCGGGACCGGGCCGGGACCGGGCCGUGGCUGUUCCGCGUGUCGUCUGGGCUCGUUUGAGAUUGAUUGCAUGCGUUCUUAUGAUUAUUGCCGUCGUGCUGCCGCAGUGCGAGAGAAAAACUAUCGUUGCCGACGAUACUUUGUGUUGGCCGGAGAGUGCACGGAAGGCACUCGGGUGGAUGCGUGUAUGUUGUAGUGACAUAUUUCGCGCGGAGUGAGCUGCGGUAUGAAAAAAAGAGAAAGACGUUCUUUCACAUACACACAUCAACAUUUCUCAGCCAGAGCGCAGCGCGGGCACGGUUCAAGCACGGCGCAGUGUGAAUGCAUGAAAAGUCCCGGACGAGCCCGGUCCCGGCCCGGUCCCUGAACGGAAGCAGUGGGAAUAGCCCUUUAAAAAAAUGUCUGCUGUUGCGCCGAGCGUCUAUAGAUGGGCAAGUAGGUACACUACAGCCAUGUCCAAACCACGCUCUACACUGAGUGGCAUAUCUGAAACACGGCACGACGUGUAUUGCAACUACAACUG